ACGUACGGGCAUGGACGGCGGCAGCAGCUGGAUGCUCCAGGCCGCCGCCGGCGACUUCCACGGCGGAGACACCAUCAUCAGAUGCAGCUGGGGCGGCGGUGACGCCGGCGGCGAGCAGGAGGCGGUGGUGAUGAACUCGCAGGCCAUGCAGCAGCAGCUGAGCCAGAUCUACAUGCUGAUGGACAUGGAGGAGCACGAUUGUCAUCAGUACGCAAGCCUUGCGCCGGCGUCGGCGCCGUCGCAUUCGUCGUCCUCGUUCCGCUCCUUCUCCACCGGCACGAGCCGCGACGACAACUCCACUUCGCUGAUGCUCGCCGCCGCCGACACGAGCACCAACACCGCCGCCUCUUGCCACCACCGCCACCAGCAGCCGGAGGUCUCCUCGCAGAUAGGAGCACCACCGCUGUCCAUCUGCCAUCAAGAAACGCAUCCACCACAGAGCAGAAGGAGCGGCGGCGGUCAUGGCGCCGCCGCCGCCAGCGCGUUCCGGUCGUACUCCCGGUACCUCGGCCCGAGGAAGACGCUCCGUCCAGGGGCGACCACCGGAGGUGGCCAGAGGGCGUUCAAGAAGGCCAUAUCCGUGCUGUCGAAGAUCCACACGGUGAGGCUAGCCCAGUACUACCAGAUCAUGGAGAUGGCCGCCGCCCAGGCACGGUCGCCGCCGGUCACCGGGAGCAGCGGCGACAGCAGCAACCAGCAGCAGCAGCAGCAGCUGCAGCUGCAGCACGUCCUGUCGGAGCGCAAGCGCCGGGAGAAGCUCAAUGACAGCUUCAAGGCUCUCAGGGACGUCCUCCCUCCCGCCACAAAGAAGGACAAAGCAUCAAUCCUGAUGAGAGCAAAGGACUACGUUAACGUGCUCAAGGCGAGGGUAGCUGAGCUGGAGGAGAAGAACAGGAUGCUAGCUGAGUCACAGUCACAGCUGCAUGCCGGCGACGGCGACGGCGGCGGCGAGCUGCAGGUCGACGACAAACGCGAUGACGACGACGACGGCGGCGACAGGAUUGAGGUCGACGUCGGCAGGUCGGCGGCGGAAGGUACAGCGGAUAAGUGCCAAGAGCUUCACCUGAAGAUAGUGCUAGGGUCGUCGUCAGCGUGCAGUGCCAUGGACGCCGUGGCUGGCAUCCUCAAGGGUCUGAACGAGAAGAGGGACGCCAGGUUGUUGGCCACCGGCAGCAGUGGUCGUCUUCCCCGUGCCAAGUCUUCUCAACAACCACCUUCCUCCAGCAGCAGUGACGAGGAUAUUGUGAAGGAAGCUGUAAUUAAGGUUAUCAAGGAUGUGAUGCAACCGGAGAAAGUACUGAGAACUUGAUAUAUAAGCUUCAGCGACCAUAUUCUGUCAGAAUUGAAAUUAAAUGUUCGUCGACAAAACUUUGGUAGUUUUUCAGACU